GUAUGUUCAUUCAUUGCACUGUUUUGUGUUUUUUUUUACAUACAAAGAAAUGCGCUUUACUUUAGUGGGGCUUUGGGUAUCUGUAUAGAUUGUGCUUUGGGUUCUUAGUAAUCUAGUUCUCACUGCUCUGUUUCUGGUUUAAGUGCUUUGGUUCUUUGGGGGGUUUUUUCUAGCGCUUUGUUAACUCUUUGGAGGCUGCUUACACUUACAGGGUUGAUUUCUUGCUUUCUUUCAGCUGCGCAAAGUUGGAUCAGAGGGGUUGUGGGAGAUGUGAUUUUCCCUGUUAAUUGAAUGGGAAGGAUGGCUUCUGGUGAAAGUAAACGAAAAUAAAAGGAGGAAUUGCCAAUCAUUAGACGUUAAUUAUAUAACAACCAUUGAACAUGAGCUUACAUGUGAUUCAUAGCUAGUGUUUGGAUUCCUGGUGGUCCUCCUUCUUCAAAUACAAGUUACUGCUCAAUAGAAGGAUUCUCAUAAGUUUAACACAAGCCAAGGAUUGAAAAGCAAGAGUUUCUUGGAUCGAAUGGUGCUCAAAAAACGGCUUGGAAGUCUUCUUUUACUUCUAGUUGGCAUGUUCAGCGAUGCAAUAGGUGCAUUUGUAGGAAUAAACAUUGGAACUGAUGUUUCCAACCUGCCACCAGCUUCAGAUAUUGUUGCUAUUCUAAAGGCCAAUCAAAUUACUCAUGUGCGCCUCUUUGAUGCUGAUGCUCACAUGUUGAAAGCCCUUGCAAACAGUGGGAUUGAAGUGAUGGUUGGUGUCACAAAUGAGGAAGUCCUGGGUAUUGGAGAAUCUCCAGCCACAGCUGCAGCAUGGGUUAAUAAAAAUGUUAAUUCUUACUUGCCUGCGACUAACAUUACAGCCAUUGCAGUUGGCAGUGAGGUUCUUACCUCAAUUCCCAAUGCUGCCCCUGUUCUGGUUCCUGCCAUGAAUUACCUUCAUAAAGCUCUGGUUGCUUCAAAUUUGAAUUUUCAAGUCAAGGUUUCAACUCCCCAGUCCAUGGAUGUUAUCCCUAGGCCUUUCCCCCCGUCAACUGCUACUUUUAACUCUUCGUGGAAUUCUACAAUUUACCAGCUCCUUCAGUUUUUGAAGAACACCAAUUCAUAUUAUAUGUUAAAUGCAUAUCCUUAUUAUGGAUACACUACUGGAAAUGGCAUUUUCCCAAUUGAUUAUGCUCUUUUCCGACCUCUUCCUUCUGUCAAGCAGAUUGUUGACCCCAACACUCUUUCUCAUUAUGACAGCAUGUUUGAUGCAAUGGUGGAUGCUACCUAUUAUGCUAUAGAUGCUUUCAAUGCUUCUGGGAUCCCUAUUGUUGUUACAGAGACUGGCUGGCCUUGGCUUGGUGGAGCCAAUGAACCUGAUGCCACUGUUGAUAAUGCUGAGAACUUCAAUAAUAAUUUGAUCCGGCGUGUUCUCAAUGAUUCAGGCCCACCUAGUCAGCCAACCAUACCCAUUAAUACAUAUAUCUAUGAAUUGUUCAAUGAAGAUAAGAGGCCAGGGCCUGUGUCAGAGAAAAACUGGGGCAUAUUUUUCACCAAUGGCACAUCAGUCUAUACUUUUAGAUUGAGUACUUCCAAUCGACUUACUGGAAAUUCUUCUGCUGUCUUCUGUGUUGCUAAACAAAAUGCAGAUCCUGCAAAGUUGAAAGAAGGGCUGAACUGGGCUUGUGGGCAAGGUGGGGCUAACUGCACUCCCAUCCAACAAGGGCAUCCAUGUUUUGCUCCUGAUACUUACCAGAACCAUGCCUCUUAUGCGUAUAAUGAUUAUUAUCAAAAAAUGCGUGGUGCUGGCGGAACAUGUGAUUUUGAUGGUACUGCCACAACAACUACAAUUGAUCCCAGUUACGGAUCCUGCACCUUUACAGGAAGUUCAAAUUCGAGCACGAGCGGAGGAAUUUUUUCCCCGGUUGCAUUUGGACCUAUAAGUCCUCAAGGAGAGAGUGCAGGUGUGACUUUCCAAGCUUCUAAAGUUAAGUCUCUUCUAUCAGCAGCAUUUCUAGCUCUAAUCCUGCUUUGACUUGCAACUUCCAUUCAUUUUUGCAAUCAUGUUAGGGGAUUCAACAAGUGCAGAAGAUUAGUAGCUGAAUUGAAGAUGGUUAAAAUGUUAAUUAGUUAUUAUUCCAUUAAAGAAUAGGAAAUUGUUUAAAUAUUUGCCUUCCUGUGUCGUCAUCAUCUUUUUUUUUUUUUAAUGAUUCAUGUCUUUUGUUGGCCAUUUUUCUAGUCCCUUAUCUUUCACCUCAGCAUUUUUGUAUUGUGGGGUGUGGUCUUUCAGCUUCAGUCUCUAUAAAUUUUUAUCCAGAGUUUGAUUUUUUAUGACAAUGAAAUUGAAUUGAUUAGGCCUUAA